GGAGAAGAAAAAUCCUCCACGCCAUAUGACGGUGAUUUCCAGCUUUCGAUUCAGUUCGGUUCGGAUUCUCGCCGCGAUCGGAGUUGGAAAAACCUUUGGGAAAAGCUCCAGAAACCGCACUAAGGUGUUGGACCGACCAAAUAGUGAGGAGUGUGAGUGAAAGUGAAAAAGUGAAAAUCAAGGUUGGAACCGUGACUAGUGUGUGGAGUGAGGGAGAACCAGAAGCGGAAAAAGGGGAGUGGGGUUUUGGUGGUGCGAAGAAUCGGUACUUCCGGUUGUGUCAACACCAUCAUAGGCAAGUUGACUAACGGACCGUUGCUGUGAAGCACUGGGGAUAACGAAGCGCACGGUUUCGCGCUCGGUGGAAUAUUGUUGGAAUAGUGCAAGCGUCCCGUCGAAGAAGGAUAAUAACUGAAUCGUUGAUGUUCAUCACCGCAUGAGUUGGCCAUCCCCGCCACGCGCACACCUUUCUUGCUUCGAUUGAUUGAGAUCCCUCUUUUGGCCAUUGGGGGGAGGUUCGUCACGGCUUUUGUGAAGCAACGAGGAACAACGUUGGCGCGAGGAGGCAGUCAUCAGUGAGCCUGUCCAUCGCAUUGUGUCUAGUGGAAUCCAUUCAUAAAUAUCAACCAUAUCCCCAAGAUGCAUCCAAACUCGUUAAUUGGCACAUCGCGUGCCAAAACGUCAACGUGCGUGCCGUAUCCUGAACAGUGAAGAUUCCAGAUUUCACACUACGCCGUCUCUACAUGAGCGUUAUCAUCUCUCCACGCGAUAAAGACGUUACUCACUCGUGAGAAACCCCUCCAUCCGUUUUUUGAUUGCUGAGUGGCACCAAUAACGCUCGUGAGAUUCACGCACACGUGUGGCAAGAGAAAGAGUUCUGUAGCACCAAAGCCAACCAUUUCUCACGAAGACGAGAGUAACGGACUCCAGUGCACGGUGUGCACGAAGACGGAUGCCAAAAACGCUGAAGGAACCAUCUAGUGCAGAAUUGUCCGUUCCGUAGUUAGUGUCGUGAUCCCGGAGUGUGAAGUCGUGUUCGCAAUUGCACAGCUGGCCAAAGUACCAGUAUCUAGAAGGAAAGUGUCAGUCAGUGAACCAGUAGGAGAUGCCCACUUAGUCUGAAGAACAGAAGAUUCCUCUCAAGUGACAAGUGUGUAGGUGCUGUGGGCAAGUGUAAUCUACGGUCGUAAUUGAAAUAUUUGUCCGUAAUAAAUUGAAGAUAGAAGGCGGCUCGCGACCCGUCCGGCGUUCGUGCGUGUGUUUCAUGUUCCAAUUGUGGGUGGGGUGUCAGUAGUAGCAGAGGAGUGUGUCAGUGAUCUUCAUUCGCGGUGUCAGUUGAAGGAAGAAGAUAACCGAGAGAAGAUUUUUGGAACCGUCCGUCGACGGCUGGGUGGUGGAUGACCCAUAAUGGGUUAUUUGGGCAAUCUAGGUGGCCAAAAGUGUUUCGCGACGUUUUUCACAUUCUUUGAGUGCAGUUAGUAGCGGAGCACGUUUCGAACGGUAUUUUGAUGGAUCACGCGUGACUUACACGCUUAAAACUAAUAACUGAUCCGUCAAACAUCCCACAGUGCACCAGUAUGUUGAAGAUUAUGGUGGCGUCGGUUCGGAUGAAAAUAUAAAAUUGCUUUCGGGGUUCCGAAAUUUGCGAGAUAAUAGUCGCCGACUGCCGAAACAAAAGCGCCGCAGCACCCGCCCGAGAAAAAAAAAAGUGAAAUACGCUGCGCCAAUCUGAAAGAAAGCGAACCGUGCGGUGAAAUUUCACAGCUGUGUGAAUUAAAGUUACGAUCGUAUAUCAAAGUGCAAAAAUUCGAUAUCGUUUUUUUCCUGUGGGGGAACGAAUCUCGUCCGUUUGAAAUGUGAUGUUUGGGUGUUUUGUGCGGUACAGAAAGAGAAAUGAAGCAAAUUUGCGAGUUCUGCAUUUUACUGCGAUUUGAAUUGUGAAGUGUGUUUGGACCGUUGGGGUUGGAUUCCUGAUCAGAAACAGAAUAUUCUAGGUUCCUGGUAUUUGUACAGCUCGAAGGCAGUGAAGUCGUGACCAAAUCCUAAAUUGACCAUCAACCGAAACUGAACGAGAUUAGCAUCCACCUACAGCGCAGAAUAUUCCGUGAAUUGUGUCGGAACGGUGUAAUUCUUCUGAGGUCUCACCACAACGUCAGCAGCUAUGUGCAAGUGAAAAGUAAAACCCCUUCAGUUUUGUUUGUGAGAAGCGCGCUCUGAAACGAAGAUUCUCUAGAGAAGGUGCAACGGUGAGACAAGUGGGGAUUUGUUUUUCCAGCUUCACCGACACGCGACACCGCAAUUCGUGGGUUUCGCUGUUUCAGCUGAGCUCAGAGACAGGUAUCUGUUUCCCGGUUCUUGGUAGAAGUGGGUGGCUGCAAAACCGCAUGAGCGCAAACCAGAAGCCGUAAGCAAGGAACAGCGAGAUUCGAGAGAAAUUUCGUGAAAUAUUAGAACCACAUCGUCGCGAAAGGAAAAUAACUACAGAAGAACAUCCGGAAAUGGCAGCCACAGUUCCCAAAUGGGAAAAGCUUUCGCCAAGUGAAUUCCAACAGCUGCAGGACCUCGCCUCAUAUUCCACCAAAAAGCUCCAAAAUGUACUGCAGGAAUUCUGCUCCCCAACGACACCGUCAGCGUCUCGAUUUCAUCCGGAUGGGGACGUCGACUACGAGGGUUUCCGUAAGUUUCUGGACGCGUUCCUCGACUGCGAAACGCCGGAGGAACUGACGCGGCACCUGUUCAUAUCAUUCCUGAAGCCGGCCCUGUAUCAGGCCCAGCACAGCAGCCAUGGCAAGGCGCUCAGCCAGAUGGCGGCGAUCAGCAGUAAUGCCGCCUGCGCGCCGGUCACGUCUCACAAUCGAGGGUCGAUUCCCAACCUGAACAACAUUAUCGACCUGCCCACUCCGCAGCCUUCGCAGGAAUCGCAGCGCAACAGUUUCGUCGAUCGGAUACAGCACGGCAUCGCGGACAAGCUUCAAUCGCUGGGCCACUUGGGACAUGGCGACACCAGCGAUGGGAGCAGGCAGGGGAAAAGCGGAACAGUGCACCCGAUGUUGACGGUUACGCCGAGCCCGAUGGGAGGCAGCACCUCGAUUCUGCCGGCACCGUUCCGAAGGUCGGCCGAUUCGAGUCCAUCGCACAGCCACAGUCACAGCCACUCGCAGAUUUCCCGGAACUCGUCCCGCAAGAGCAACAAUUCCGUCAACUGUCGGAUAGAAGACAUUCGGUUACUUCCCCGAAAGCAAUCCUAUUUGGACCCGAUGCUGUUCAAGGUGCCACUGAAAGACGUCGUGUGCUAUCUCUCGCUGCUGGAAGCCGGCCGACCGGAGGACAAGUUGGAGUUCAUGUUCCGGCUGUACGACACCGAUGGCAACGGAGUCCUGGACACAACCGAAACGGACGCCAUCGUCAAUCAAAUGAUGUCAGUGGCAGAGUACCUCGGCUGGGAUGUGUCCGAACUGAGGCCGAUUCUGCAAGACAUGAUGACCGAAAUUGAUUACGACGGCGAUGGGUGCGUUUCGUUGGAGGAAUGGCAGCGGGGAGGCUUGACCACCAUUCCACUGCUGGUGCUGUUAGGUGUCGAUAAUACUCUCAAAGAGGACGGCUACCACGUGUGGCGACUGAAACACUUCAGCAAGCCGGCUUACUGCAAUAUGUGCCUCAACAUGCUGGUCGGACUGGGCAAGAAAGGACUCUGCUGUGUCCUGUGCAAAUACACGGUCCACGAGCGGUGCGUCCAGCGUGCCCCGGCUUCCUGCAUCGCCACCUACGUCAAGUCGAAGAAAUCGAAGGCCAGUUCCGUGUUUCAGCACCACUGGGUCGAGGGCAACUGCUACGGGCGGUGUUCCAAGUGCCGGAAGCGGAUCAAAGCGUACAACGGCAUCACCGGACUGACCUGCCGCUGGUGUCGGAUGAUGCUUCACAACAAAUGUGCCUCUCUGGUAAAAGCGGAAUGCUCUUUGGGUGAGUUUGCCAACAUGGUGCUUCCGCCAACAGUAAUAUGUCCUGCAGUUCUCGACCGACAGAAAUCCAUCAACUACACCACCAGCCGAGGCAAGAACGUCCCUUCAACGAUUCACUUCCAAAUCACCGCCACUGAAAACAUCUGUCCCCUGUUGGUGUUCAUCAACCCUAAAAGUGGUGGCCGUCAAGGUGAUCGAAUCCUGCGGAAGUUCCAGUACCUGUUGAACCCACGGCAAGUGUACGAUUUGUCCAAGGGAGGCCCGCUGGAGGGGUUGACCAUGUUCAAAGAUGUUCCCAACUUCAUGGUGAUAUGCUGCGGAGGCGAUGGCACUGUUGGGUGGGUUCUGGAAGCGAUGGAUUCCAUUGAAUUACAGUGCCAGCCAUCGGUAGGGGUGAUUCCUUUGGGGACGGGGAAUGACUUGGCCAGGUGUCUGAGGUGGGGUGGUGGCUACGAGGGGGAAAGUAUUCCCAAGAUAUUGGAUAAGAUUCAACGGUCUUCGGUAGUGAUGCUUGAUCGGUGGAGCAUAGAAGUCAAGAACCAUCCGACGAUCAUUGAAGAUACGCCGAUAAUUCCGACUCAUAAGGUACUACAGGUAACCCUUUCGGAGAAUGUACAAAAAGUGAUAGAACUCUCGCAUAGGAUAAUAGUGGAAAAAUCUGUGAUUCAAUCGUACGACGAAAGCAAAAAUAGUACAAAAACUACGGAGAUAUCGAUAGAGAACACAAAACGAGUCGUUCUGAGUGACAAUAAUGGCACAGCCACGACAAUGCACCAACACCAGCACCAAGAGUUGGCCACGGCCACGAUGACAACGUCGUUGUCCUGCUCCUCGUCGAAGGAAAUUACUCAGCAAACAACCAACACGACCAGCAACGGGGACAUUGGCAGGACUCUGGCAUCACACUCGGAAACAGUCGUUAAUGGCACCAGCCAGUGUGAAGCGGAAGUCAUCAAUGGUGACCACUCGCCUUCCCUUUCCGCUUCCAGUGGUGGUGAGCAUAAAGACAUCGACGGAAACGACGAUAAGACACGUGCUGUUACCCAACAUCAUAAUAAUCACAACCAUUCGGACGGAGCGAAACCGGAAGAGGAGGACGACGAGAAACCGGAAGAAACCCCAGCGGUUCCGCAAGUCAAGGAGAAAAUUGUUGACCUGCCCAAGCUGAUAAAGCCACAAGCCGCGUCGGAAUUCACCGUGCCCUAUAACAUUGUCAACAACUACUUCUCCGUGGGUGUGGACGCUGCCAUCUGUGUGAAAUUCCAUCUGGAGCGCGAGAAAAAUCCACACAAGUUCAACAGCCGGAUGAAGAACAAGCUGUGGUAUUUCGAGUACGCCACGUCGGAAACGUUCGCCGCAUCGUGCAAAAAUCUGCACGAAAGUCUGGAAAUUGUGUGUGACGGAGUCUCACUGGAGCUUGCCAACGGUCCCCAGCUGCAGGGCAUAGCUCUGCUCAACAUCCCGUACACCCACGGCGGAUCGAACCUGUGGGGCGAAAAUCUGUCCCAGAAGCGAAUGCGCAAGGGCCCGUUUCGGAAAAAGCUGAAAAACUCCGACAAAGAGCUGUCCGCCAACAGUUUCAACUCGGUCGAUCUGUCGAUUGCCAUUCAAGACAUUGGUGACCGACGGAUAGAGGUUAUUGGAUUGGAAAAUUGUCUGCACAUGGGUCAGGUGCGGACUGGGCUGAGGGCUUCGGGUCGACGGUUGGCCCAGUGCAGCGAAGUGGUCCUGACAACGAAGAAAACCUUUCCGAUGCAGAUCGACGGCGAACCAUGGAUGCAGGGACCAUGCACGAUACGACUCACCCACAAAAACCAGGUGCCCAUGCUGAUGGGGCCUCGCUCGGAGAAGACCGGUGGCUUUUUCAACUUCCUGAAAAGAUGACUAUCGAAGAAGCCCGACACGGACACUCCCUCGAACGAAGGCUAGCCAAAUGCCAGCCUCUCGGACGCGUAACGAUGACGACGACGCUGAACAGAGAGGGCGGCAGCACAUCCGGAUUGGGCUUCGACGGUAACAAAAGAAAAACCGGGGGUCAAACCUCCGGACGAAACGACAUAGCUUUAACACGGAACCAAAUAAAUCAAACCAACCACACAAAACGGUAGCGUGCUGAAUAGUGCUACUUUUUACACCUACACUACAUGGGAAGCUCCGUCUGAAACCGGACGAGCGAUGGCAAAAUAUCCGUACAGACAGUUCCUGCUGGAUUUAUUCAAACCAACUUUAUACUAUUCAUAUGGGAUAGGAGCCGUAGCUUUUCCUACCAGCAUUUACACCGAGCACACACACGAAUGCCCUCCCGUACACAUCUGUAUGAUAUAUAUCCUAGCUUUAGUAGAGACGACUUAAUUAAGGAGCACGAUUUCGUAUCGAAAUUCGUUACUAUAUGGAUAUCCUAGAUUUAAAAAGUUUUAAAAGUGGUAUAGGAAACAGGAGGGAAGGUGCUUAUGUAAGCAAAGGAUUUCAUAAAACUCAAAACUAAUUCGA